ACGAUGCCAAAUCCAGAGGAACUACGAUGAGGAAACCCAGUGCCACACAUGCUUGUUGUAAAUGUUAAUGCGCCUAAAAAAUAAAUUCAGCCCAACCAAAAGAAAAUUAUGCCAGAAGCGGUUGAGUUCGGACUUUCGAUCUCAAGAGGAACUAUUGGAACCGCAAACGAAGCAAAUGUGAACCAUAUGUGCGUAAGGGCGUGUGUGGAGUUGCAGCUUCAAAUUUUUAGUUAUUGUUCUUUUCUGGCAACGAAUUGAAAUUGAAUUAAGCACUUGCACAGACAAUAAGAGAAAUAAACAGAGCCAGCUGAGCAAUUCAAUUAACGAGACAAACGAAACGAACGCAGUACCAUUCCAAGUUGAAGUAUUUAGUACAAGCGUCAGCGAAGACAACAGAUCCACAAAAGAGGAACUAGGAACACAUCAGGUUAAUUCUAUGCCACAUCCUCAGCCAGUUUCAACCCAGUGGUAAGCAAGAUUCUCGUCUACAAAAUGUCCCUGGCCGACAUGGGCACAGCCUCUCGAUCCGCCGGCGGCGGAGGAGGAGGAAGACACUAUGAUCUCUCCACGGGAGGAGGUGGGGCUCAUCCGGUGGGUGGUCUGUCCGGAGGUCGCAUGACGCACUCCCUCAGCACUCCUUCCGGGGUGGAUGGCACUCCUUCCACUCCACGGCACCGAGGCGGGAAGAAACUGACUGUUCGCAUCCAGAUGCUGGACGACUCGAUCACCAUGUUCCAAGUACAGGCAAAGGCUCUGGGACGUGUGCUGUUUGAACAAGUUUGCCGCCAGCUAAAUUUACUGGAGGCCGACUACUUUGGCUUGGAAUACCAGGAAGUGUCCACACAUACCAAAUAUUGGCUGGAUCUGGAGAAGCCGAUGAAUCGCCAGGUGGGCCUCUCACUCAUCGAUCCAGUGCUGCGCUUUUGCAUCAAGUUCUAUACUCCCGAUCCAGCGCAACUAGAAGAGGAGUAUACCAGGUAUUUGUUCUGCCUGCAAGUCAAACGGGACUUGGCUACGGGUAGUUUGCAGUGCAAUGACAAUACGGCGGCCCUGAUGGCCAGCUACAUUGUACAAGCUUCAUGCGGCGACUUUGUGCCCGAGGACUAUCCCGACCACACGUAUCUGUCGUCAUACCGCUUUGUGCCCCACCAGGAUGCCACAAUGCAGCGCAAGAUUAUGGAAAACCACAAAAAGCAUGUCGGUCAGUCCCCGGCAGAGGCGGAUCUUAACCUUUUGGAGACGGCACGGAGGUGUGAGCUUUACGGGAUGAAAAUGCAUCAGGCAAAGGACGUGGAGGGGGUGCCACUUAAUCUAGCUGUUGCCCACAUGGGCAUCACAGUCUUCCAGAACAUCACGCGCAUCAACACCUUCUCUUGGGCAAAGAUACGCAAGAUUUCCUUCAAGCGCAAGCGCUUUCUGGUCAAACUGCACCCCGAGGGUUAUGGAUAUUACAAGGACACCGUGGAGUUCUUUUUCGAAGGCCGAAACGAGUGCAAGAACUUUUGGAAGAAAUGCGUUGAAAAUCAUGGAUUCUUCCGGUGCACAGCCGUACAAAACACGCCUAGGCGCAAAACUCGCGUGUUGUCACGGGGCAGCUCAUUCCGCUAUAGCGGCAAGACGCAGAAGCAGAUUAUCGAGUUUGUGCGCGAGAAUUACGUAAAGCGUCAAAACUUCCAAAGGUCUCAGUCAUUCCGGCAAGGGCCACUGAAUGCUAGUAGCCGAAGUCAAUCGCAUACGUAUGUGAAUUCCAGCAUUUCAGCCAAUCCCCUACUCCCAAUUGACACUGCGGCAUGGGACUAUCGCAAUCAAUGCAGCGACUCGAUGACCCCUUCUCUGACGAAGAAGGCAGCGGAUACCUUGGAUCGCCGACGAGACAAUCCUAUCGACCACAUGCGUUCUCAAGUCACAGCAGCCCAGGUGGAGAUCUAUCAGACGAAGAACUAUGCAGCGGACUCGCCAACCUCCCCGGAGGAAGCGGAAUGCUCGGCGGCGGCGGCGGAACGGCAACACCACUCGGCAGUGGCUAUGGACCAAAUGAAUUCGAACCGCUCGCUUUCGCCCCAGGGUCCGCAGUCGUGGACUUCGCCCAGCCACAGCAGCCACCUCCAACAGCGCGGUCCCGAUCAGGCUCGUGUGCAUCCAGGCGAUCACAAUUUAGGUCUGAGCCACUUGUCCCACUUGUACAACAGCAGCACCCCUCGUCGAGUCUCAGUGGGAUCCCAAGCGUUUGUCCCUGCGUCGCCGCAGCUCAUCAGCAUCAACACGCACAGCAGCAGCACCAACCACAACACUAUCCACAACAUCAGCACAGUGGGUCGUUCGGUGGAUCUCAACAGCUCCAUGGAGUUGGAGGAGGAGGCGGAGGACCCGGGAACUGUGGACACGGAGGAGGAGGGGGAGCCUAUGGGGGAGGAGGAGGAGGAGGAAUUAGUCGAGGAGGAAGCGGAUUCGGACUUGACGGCAUCUACCAUCAAUCGGGAGACUAUGGAGGCAGCCUCAGCGGCGGCAGCAUCGGCCUCGGCUUUGGCCUCGGGCUUGGCCAGUGCCCAUCGUCCGCAGCUUCGGUCACAGGAGUCCCAGUCGCAAACUGCCACGCCAGUCCAUUAUAGCAGUACCAGCUAUUCGAUGUCUAAGCAAUGCAUGCUCAACAACGCUAAUGCCAACUCGACCGAAACUGAGACGGACAACAUAAUCUACACCGACAUCAACGACAUGGGCCACUACAAGUAUCCAGACUUUCACAGCUCCGCUCACCAGGAGCACAAGAUCUCGAACAGCGAGCACCUAAAUCUCAACGAUCGGAACGACAUCUAUGCAACUGUAAAUCGCAAAGCCAAGUCCAAGAUCCGUGAGAAACAUUUCAGCGAUGAGUUCAUAGAUCAGUCAAUACUACAGUACACAAGGGCCAAGCAAAUGGGACUAAGUCAAGUUCCUGUUCUCCUGCAACAGCCCAGCACCUCAGCUUAUGCGGCUGCUGUCCAGGAAAGGAGUUACAACAGUGGCAACUAUCAAUAUCACAAUGAUCUCAAUCACCCCUCUGAGUCAUCUUCCUCCUCCUACUUUGGCACUGGAUUUGGCACCAAGCGGUACGGUCAAGGGGAGCGUACAAAGCUGGCCCAAUCCGAAAAUUACCUGACACCCUCGAUGGAUUCGCAGAGCUCCCGGCACACUCACUCACUUCCCCGAAACUCUGAGCUAUCUGGAGUAGAUUCAGUGGAUUCUUAUGACAGCCACUACAUCACUCACCACUCAGUGGGUAUCCUUCCGCCUACCCGUCUGUCAUCCUCCUCGGAGAAACUCGGGUAUCAGAUGACUCCUGGCAACCUAUAUUCUACUACUCAGUUUGUAAAACCCGAGGAAGCAGCCGCCCACUACAUGGAUGAUGAAGAGGAUGAAGAAGAUGGUGAGGAGGGCGAGAAUAUCUAUGAUCAAGUGGAGCGCGAGUCCUGGCUAAAGAGUAGCUCUUGCAAAGAUCUUUUCGAGCGCUACAGUACCACCUAUUACGAUCGGGAGCUUCCCAAACCGAUGACCGCCUUCGACAAGGAGUUCCUUUCCUCCAAUCGUAUCGAUUCACCAGUGACGCGCUACGACGAUUCCCGUCAUUCCUUGUAUGUGACCAAGAACCACUCGAUCGAUGCGCACCAAGACUUCUCUCCAUUGCCGCAGAGCAAGGUGUACUCCUCCAGUUAUCCGGGUAGCACUUACAACACACAGGAGCACCGCCGUCAGCUUGGCCAGCACCUAGACUACUCGGGUUCCCAAGACGACAUUUCGCAGGACAGCUACGAACUUCUGGAGAAGUACGAUAUUGACUUCUUUGGGGGUCGUGGCCGCUCCGAGGACCAUAUGCGCUCCUGCUCCCUUGAUUCGGGAAACUACAUACCGAGUGACGACGAGUCGGUAUCUGAGGGGCAUCAGCAGCACAAGUACCGCUCGGCAAUCGAUGUCAAAUCCAAGUCAGCAGCGGAUAUUAUGAAUGAGAUUUGGGACGCCGAAGAUCCCCGGUACCUGCCGCGCGAGAAGCUGUCAGUCAAGUCGGACGGCAACUUUUACAAGAAGAUCCAGGAGGCUCUGACGCGUACAUCCAGCCAAGAGAGUCAGAGUGAGAUGUUUGAAACGAAGAUUUCGCGCAGCUCAGACUCUAGUAAGAAGUCGCGAGACAGCCUCUAUCACACGGACAGCAAAAAGUCACGGGAGACGACGAAGAGCAAAACUUCAGUGGCUUCUAGCCAGGACUCCAAGGAAUCAUUAGUGGGUGAUUGCUUCGGCCGCAACUAUGAAAUGCCCACCACCACCGGCAAAAAAGUGAAGCAGUUCUCUAAGAAGGAGCUCUACGAGAAAUUCGCAGCCUCCAGUCAAGAAUCGAAAAGUGAUUACUACGACGCCGUCGAAACCGGCUUAGAGCCAACACCCGAGGGUCUAUACUCAAGGCCAAAGGUUAAGAGUCACGAUUGCCUGCUUUCCGACACACAUAGCUCCACUGCAAACAGUUCGUUCUAUGACAGUCGUGACACUUACUCCACAUUCCCCAGCAACAAGACGCACAAGACCUCAAAGGUGCACUCAAUUAGUCUUCAAAAUGUAGAGAUUGAACGCAAUGCCAAAUCCUUUGGCAAUAAGUCUCCGGAAUCCGUAUCGACCCCGGCUUCGGGAAAACGUUGUCGAGAAAAGGAUAUUCAAACAGGAGAUUCGCUGGAUCAGAUGGCUCCCAUAAAAAGGGGCAACUCACAAUCCUGCAAGAUAUCUGCUUUCCGUCGACGAUCGGACAGUGAGAAUAUCUUCAGUUUCGACCAAGAUCGAAUCGAGUGCAUUCAAAAGUAUACCAAGCAGUGGGAGGGCCAGCAGCCCAAGGACGAGAAGAGCAAGCAGAGCCCGGAGUAUCCAUUGACUCCCGAGCUUGUAUCAGAGUUUGAGAAGCAGCAGGCUCGGCUGAUGGCCCACCAGAAGAUAACACGCAAGGAGGAACUAAUAGCUAAAACGCACUUUGAGGAAUACAAUCCGAUUAUGGUGCCCCUGAAUUACUCAUCUCACGCUACGGUGGAGCGCACCAAGAGCGAUCCUAACUCGCUGGCCAACCGCGCCCGUUUAGGAAGUAAUUCUCGCCGCCACGUGCUUAUGCACCAGAAGUCUAUUGAUCUUACUCCAGCGGACUCAAACUCCAGCGAUGAGGACUACAUCUACAAGCAGAUCCCAAGUGCUCCACCUCUUUGCAAGGCACACGGUAAUUUUGAAAUCCCCAAAUGUUACGACGGCACUUCCGCUUCGCAAGUUGCUCAGGAGCUGCCAAAGACGGGCUUUGAGCUUCCGAAGAGUUUCUUCAGGGAUUACGAGAGGCGUUUUACCAAAGUUCUGAAGGAGGACAUUCCGUAUGUGCUUCACAAGCGCCACAUCAUGAAUGGAACGGCUCCUUCACCCAGCGAGAAGAAACACACAAAGCCCAAGUCUCCAAAGUCUCCGAAGUCACCCAAGUCUCCGAAAUCUCCAAAAUCGCCUAAGUCACCGAAGAGUUGCGGAGUUUCCGGUGCUGGCACUACCGACUUCCUGCCUGAUAUUCUCGACAGUCUGCUGCCUCCAGACACCAAGGAAUUCCUCUUCACCCAAAACAUUGACCUUUCAAAAGUGGACCCAGUCACGUUGGAGAUCGACAAGACCAUACCAACAAUCCAUCUGUCGUCACCAAAGCGGGAUAUCACCAAGCAGAUGGACGCCUCAACGCUGGAGAAACUGAACAAAAAACUAAGCCAGAUUGAAAGCGAUUCGGCUACCAGCUCGCGAACAGAGAGCAUGCAGCAGCAGAAGCUGGAGCAAAAGCAAAUGGAGCUCAUUCAGAGUCUUCGCAAGGAGCUACAGGCCAACGCACGAAAGGCCAAUAAACCAAGGGUUAUCCCCAAGACGAAGUCGGCUGGAAAGUCAAAGAAAGGCAAAACCCGUAUAACCUCCUUCUCCUCCGAUGACGAAAGCUUGGACUCGGAUGAUGUGUUUGGUUCAGCGGAGGCUAUACCCGAUCGCUUGGAGUUCUCGCCUCCGCAGUCACGUAAGGAGAUCGAGUCUAUUCUGCGCAUUGAACAGAGUAGGCUUAUAUCGGCGGCUUGGGGACGUGGGCAGACAAUGAGCUCUACAGAGAUCGAGGGGUCGCCUCCUCAGUGUAGGCGACUUGCUGAUCUGGAGAGUCGGUACCAAACACAAAAACUGGACCCUCAGUAUGCCAAUGCCUCUGAACUGAGGCGAAUCUCAGAGCGCUCUAUCUCGAUUCCUUCGUCAGAGGACGAACCACAUAUGCCGAUGCGGGGACGCAUUGACGAGUGCACAAAUGAUUAUCAGAGGAACGAGAACAUCCCCUCACCUAUUCUGGAGCACGCCGAGUUUUUCCGUAGCAACGACGACAUUUACGAAACAUGCCACGAGGAACGAAUCACUGGCUCAGACAUUGACUAUACUCUAAAGAAGCAAACAGCCAGCGGGUCUAAGUCCAAAGUGAAGUUGAUCGAGGAGAUCAUCGACUCUUCGAUUGUAAUGCGCUCCAAAGGUCAUGCUCCCAUUCUGUUCGCCCAUGCACGUCUAAAUCUCUCGGAAGGAUCAGUCUCCUUGCAGCGCCAAAAAGCCACUCAGCAGCAAUCACCGUCAACAGAGAGACGAACCAAGAGCCUGGACACCCCUGUUAUCUCGCUUCACCGCCUGCCGCCCAUGAACGCUUUCUCUUCAAAGGACGAUACCGUGGGUUUUGAGGAGGAGGCAGAGAUUCUCGAGGAGAAGUCGUUGGAGCGGGAAGGCCAAGCAGCGGCGCAGGACGAAGACACCGCCGACAGCGUUCACUCAUGCGCAGGCUCCAUACCCACGCAGAGCAGCUACCAAGCAAAUGGCAGAGAUUCGCUGCUCAGCGCAGUCACCAUCGACAGCGAGGAGGCCCAAUUGCUCAACCAACUGCGGUAUAUAGAGAAGAUUGCCUUACAGGGCGUUAAAAUUAAGGACAAGAAGAAGUCAAAGAUGAAGCUUAGGAGCGGGGAUCACCUCAUCCUGAACAUACCAAAGUACCGAUUCACUGACUGGUCGCCCUACAGCUCAGCCAACAGCUCCCGAAAGACUUCACCAGGUGUUUCAAGAGCCAGCAGUAUUGAAAGUACUGGUAAGGGGAAACUUAAGACGUCGGAACCCUAUAAAGGAAAACCAGUGUCUAGAAGCCGUCCGGAGUCACGGCGGACCAGUGCGGAUGAUAUAAAAGCAAGAGAUGGAAGGGGAAGUAAGAAAUCCAGUCCCAAGGAGCGUCCUCGAUCCAUUGAGAUGCGCCGCCUGAGCAAGGACAAGAGCAAGUCCCAAGAAGAGACCGAGGCAGAUAUUGCCAAGCGCAAAGAACGCCAGCAGAAGCUAUACGAAUCAGCCAUGAAACAAACCAUCACUAUGCUAAGUCCAGUAAAGGACACAUUACCGGCCUUUCCCGCUCCCGAAGAUAAAAUCCUGGUAAAAACCGACGGCGACAAGAUAAUUAUUGAAACAGAGUUUAAAUCAAAGGCUGAGGAUCACGUUCUCAUCGCCAAGAGUCCCAGAAAACUGGAUAAUUCACUUGUGAAAUUCAGCCGCAGUUUUGACGAAGGACGAAGCCCCGACAAACUGGACAAAGCAAAUCGUAGCUUUGAGGAUCGCAAUAAAUCUUUUGAAGACUCUGAGAAGUCAGACGCUCCCGAGGACAUGCUCAUUAAAUCGCCCAAGAAAAUAGCCAAAGCCCAGGAGCUGAAGCAGAAGAUUGAGGGUAAUGUUGUCCAUAAGAAGAUAGACGGAAAGUCGAGUAGUCUAGAGAGACCGGCCGAGCAUCAUUAUCUCGGUCCCGACGUCAAAGCACGUAGUCUCGAUGACAAAAGACAGGCAACCGAGGCGGCAAAGAAGAAUGAGGAAAAGCCAGCGCCAGUGGCAAGGAGUGCUGUCGGGGAUCGUCGAAUGUUUGCCCACCAAUAUCAAGUCCAAGAGCCCCAUCAGGAGGAUAUUGAUAUGCAGGCGGUGAUCUCGGAGCGCAGGUCCCUGGAGAUCCUCAAACGGUCUCUUCCUUCCGAAGAUGCACGCGACAGCGAGGGGGCCUUCAGCCGUAAGCCAUCCACGGCUGAAAGUCUGGACUCUUUUGUCUCGGCUGAUGAUAGCCACUCACCAGCAAGCAAGUCGCCAAUUCCGGGGGCAGCAGCUGGAACAGAAGGAUAUCCGCACCGAGUGCCCACCAUAGAAUGUGAAGAGCCAUCCAUCGAGGAAGACGACAAUUCUUCCGAGAGGCGCCACCUAAAAGUUGGGAGGCAAGAUACAAAUAGGCUGAGUCUGGAUCGCAGUCGCAGUGAUGAAACAGGCUCCUGGAUCACCGUGGAAUGUGACGAAUUCAUAGGAUCUGAUACUUCCGACAAUGAGCCACGUACCUUGGAACCGGAUCGAAAUGUUUUUGAAACACAGGCUACUUUGGAAGAUGCGAACCCGCUUGAGUACUCAAACUGCGCUACUCCCACUUCAGAUUUAAAUAUCCUCUUAACUCCACCCAAUGCAAGUCCCCAAAUUGAGAAGUCCGUGCUGGAGACCUUUGAGAAGUAUACAAGCUCUUCGGACAAGAAAAAACACAGCCUGGAGAAGCAAAGUGACCGUUCCAAGAGCUCAGAUUCCUGGACGAGUGGGGAAAAGGACACAAGUCCGCAAAGACAACCAGAUUGGAGUCUGUCGGUGGGAAAGGACAAGAGUUCAGUGGAAGAGGAAUCUAGCGUCAGCUGUUCCAUUGCCCGGCCUCUAGGAAUAUCGCAGGAGUUUGGAAAAGAGGAGGCGCGAAAGUGCCAGGAAGUCAAGCAGCGCAUGCUUCAGCUGGAAAUGGGAAAAGAUGAAAUCACACCCACGGGAUCCAACGAGCAAACGCCCACCAACGAGCCCAAAGUCUUGGUUGGCAAGAAACCGAGCACACCGACGCUAGAAAAGCAGAGCCCGAUCGAUUUGGGUACCAGCACAGAGUGCUACCUCGAUCCUAUCGAGGAACGCAUUGCCAAAAUAUUGGAUAGGGGCGGGGCUCGCACCGAAGACAGUGAAUCUAGUUCUGGUGGAUCUCGGAAACCACCGCGGAUUGAGAAGCCGGCAAGGGCUAAUGCGGGAAAGAAACUCUCGGUAACACGGGCGGAACCAGGAAAAUCGGGCAGUGAUAGGAGUUCACAGGAAUCAAAAUCCAGUUUCGACUCCAAGGGCUCCUUAAGUGUAGAGUCGCGUGGUUCGUUUGAGACGGAAAGCAGUUCUGGGUCUCUAGGGGCGGCGCAAAGGCGUGGCGAUCUAGCUCAAAAGGAGCAACAAAGCACCUGGCGCCCGUUUCCCAUUGAGAGCUCAAAUAGCUCCAGCACAGAUGAUCCUUGGCAUCACGUGGAAACGGAUGGCGGCUAUGAGCGGUAUGAUGCACAAAAUCCCUUGCGGGACUCCUCUGACAGUGACGUGAAGGAGGUUUCUCCAGAUGAGCAGAAGGAUGCCAGCGAUGUUAGUUAUCAGGACGAGCUUAACGACUUUCCGGCCACGUUUGGUUACCCAGCUAUGACUAGUAGUUUGGGUGGGAUUGGUGUGAACCCCACGGACAUUAUUGGAUACAGUACUGGCUUUACCUUGGGCAGGACUCUCUCAAGGAUCUCGGAACGUAGCACUGCAUCCGAAAAGUCUAGCAUGGAGGAUGACGUGAGCAAGGCCUCUACGCAUUCCGUCAGCAUGCGGGAUGAGUCUGUGGGGUCUACAGAUCACCAGCCCAGUUUAAGCUCUGAUUCGAGGAGCAAUACUAAUCUGGCUUACAUUUCGGAUGCAGAUCGUCGCACCUCGGCAGAGAUGCCGGAGAUUCCCUGCGACUCUGCGACUGGUGAUCGUCUCUCCAGCUUGGGAAGUCUUAAUGAACCGAAAUCACCAACCCUAGUGACAGGACGCUUUUCUGUUACCCAUGUUGAUGAACUGCAGGGCGACGAUGUGGAAAGACACACACUUAUGUGCCUUUCCAAUGCAGGUAGCCAAGAUUCGGAGGACUGGCCUCUGCCGGAGAUUCCCUUCGAUCAUGUGCCGGUGAAGCCGGCCGACUCGAUGUAUGCCAUGCCGGAUUUGGACAAACCGGUACCCAAGUCGUUCUGCUGGAAGGCGAGCUUGUCGUUUCAGCAGUCACAGGAUUCCCUAGACUGGCCUUCGCCUCCCUCAAGUGCCAUCGGAGCUCCCAUAAUUGUAGAGAGUAUUGAAACAUAUUAUGCUAGCGAAGCCCAAAGUGCGGAUAAGGUGGUUCUGGAUGAGGAGAUGGCAGUAGGUCCUCCUGAUGUAGCCAAAGUUCUGCCCUACGAGGACACCGCUUAUCUUAUGUCGGCAGCAUUUGAUGAUAAUGAUUUUGGCAGUGAGCAAUUACAACCGGAUACUGUUAGCUGCCUUAGCUCCACUCUAAGUGCGGCCUCCUGUCUUUCGUCCUCGCUAAAUGUGAGUUGUAGCACCUCCUCCACUCAGGCCACCGCAAGGGUUCAGCGGAAGAACUCUAGUCCCGAAGUGAUUGUCGCCCAGCCCACUAGAUCACCAGCUCCUAGAAGCCCUCUCUCAGAAGAAGAGCUUUUCUCUAGCGAUGAUGUUUUCAUGCCGGGGACUAUAAAAGUGCAGUUAUCACCAGAUGCUCAACUUAGAAAGCUUUCGAGAGGCUCCAACAAUUCGGACACAUCCAUUGACGACAUUCUGUCUGGGAGCACCACCUAUCUGGAGGAUCAGACUACUGUGCGGAGGAACUACGAGGCUCGCUUGAGCAGCGGUGGAGGUGGAGCGAGCUGCAAAAAGUGCAGCCACUCCAGUCACUCAGAGGAGGAAACGAGCUCCCUAGGCACAGACCUCGAUGGAACGGUAAGGAUGGGUGGAAUGCAGCAGAAGAAGUGCACCCAUAGCUCUCACUCGGAGGACACCUCAAUUGGUCUCAGCAUCUCGGAAUGGUCAACGGGAACCAACACGGUGCGCCAGUAUGCUAAUCUCUCCGGAUCAGAUAGCCUCUCCGCCGUGUCCACACACUCAUGUGCUAAGAGCGAGAAAUCAAAUCAGACCAAAUCGAGUAUUAGUUCGAUCAACAAAUCUGCAGAAAGCCUAAACGAGCAGAGUGGUGGCAGUAGCUUCUCGCACAAGUUCAGCGGGGAUAAUGGUUCAUCCGAUGGUUUGCGAUAUGACAUGCUAUCCAAUUCCGAGACGGACAAGCUGAGUGAGCCAACCUCAGCCACUCGUAGUGAUGACACCACUUUGACUCUUACCGAAAUGGCCCACACCAUCAGCGAGUGGUCUACUUCAAGCAGUCGCACACUGGUCGGCGUGACCGCAGGGGAGUAUCUUCCUCUUAAGCAGGCACUGUCGGGAAAUAAAACCAGCCUAAGCUCUCCCAGCGAGGAGAAGCGUUGUGCCUUGCCACAGGUUCAUAGAAGAAGCGGCAGCAAUGGCAAUCAGGCGAGAGCUGCUCAGGAGCUCGUCGACACUCAAACUGGUCCUGAGACAAGUGCCGCCGCUCGGAAACGCCGCUCGCUGGAGAUGAUGUCUAAGCUAUACCAGAGUCAGGAAAUAUGUUCCGAGUCUGAGUCGCCGUUUGUCGAGCGUUUGUAUGCGCACACCGAGAAGCUAACGGAGCGCUAUCAGAGCCAGGAGUUUGUGCCGCUCCAUGGUGUAGCUUCAGGACCCCAACUUCCUGCGCCGGCCACUACUCAGAUCCAAACCCAGCAGCCCCAGCAGGUGCGCCAGAAGCCUAGGGCCCCCCAACCGCCCACGAAACCAAAACCUGCCGUUACUCGACCGAUAAUGCAGGCUUUGCUUAACAAAAUGAAGCAACCUGGACUGGCAGAGCAGGCAGCCGAAGCUGCUGAGGCCGAGGAGAAAAAAGCUCAGAGUGCUGUUGCUCCGACCGUGGGAAAGCCUAAGCCUGCACCACCACCCGUGCCCACAGUGCCCCCGAUUGUGACGCCCAGCGAUUUGCCCGGCGAAGUGGUUGCCCCUCCGCCCAAACCGCUGGCCAAGCACCACAGCUAUGAUGAUCGGACCCUCUCCAAGACCCAGAUUCGUGAGUUCAAGACCACAAGCAAGCAGUUGCGCCAGUCGAGCUCCUUCCACGAGCACAUGCUCAGCAAGUCGCAGCAGUCGUCACAGGAGCUGCCCAUAAGAAUCGACGAGGAGAGGGAUCCACACUCCACGUCCUCGGCCACCAACACAACCACCACCACCAACACGCUCAACAGCGAGAGUACGGAACCCAAUUCUCCACAAAUGCCUCAGCGGGCGGAUAAGUUGGUCCGCUGUUCACCUUACUACUCCAGCAGUUUGAGCUCAGAGUCACCACCAAAUCAGUUGCUACAGAAACCCCCAAGGAAAGGGGCAAGUCAGCUGAGUGCUGGAGCAAUGGCUACUUCCCUGAAGAGUCCUCCUAGUGGCAAUGAUACGGACAGCUCGUUGGACGUGAGGGGUCAGGAGGCGAAAAUGAGAAGUAGGGGCUACCGCAAGAAGCGUCAGUUACCCGCCAAAAGGAUGAGGGCCAAUAUGACCGCUGCAGCUCUGUUGGAGCAAGCGGAGAGUUCGGAAUGCUCAGAGGGUUAUGUACCGGAAGUUGAUUCGGGCAGCUCGGAAUAUUCGUCGUGCCAGCGGGAUGACCAGUAUCUCGAGUUCGACGAGGAACUGGAAAGGGAUCAGGAGCAAACAGACGAGUAUGACGACUAUCCCCAGUACAGUGGAAAAUUUGAGAGUCUGGACAUGAGUGACAAUGUGGACGAGAUGGGUUUUCCCCGUUACGACCGCCUUAGUCACAUCACCAAACCCAUGUAUCACCAGGCCUUGGUAAUGGAUCGUCCUAAUCCGGUGCAGGUUCCAGCACCUGCUAAUCAUCCAAUGCCUCCGGUCACAGGACAGCCGGUGAAGCCAGCUCGGACUAAGAAAAGACAGCUGAAGCGGGAGGACUCCACGGCGGCAAGUACAUCAGGGUUUUCGGGGGGAGUACCCCAGGUUCGACCCUAUCAUGGGCGAAGUUAUUGCAACCCGGAGGAGAGUGAGUACGAGACCCGAGGCGGUGGAUUGUCUGACGAGCUGGCCAAUUCCAGUGAGGACAGCUGCAGUGGGUUCGGGGGAGAAGCGGGAGCAUCAGGAUCGGGCACCAUAAGAAGGGGUGCACCCAAAGGAGUGGCACAGGACCAGAAUCAAGGAAUGGGUCCCCAGGCUCGACAAGUGCUUCCCUAUCCCGAUUUCCUGUCGGACUACGAGUCCGAACCCAUUGAGUAUGAGCGGUACGCCUGCGGACUGGAUAUACGUGUGGAUCCGCCGCCCAAGUUCCAUGACUCGGAUGAGCUCAGUGACCAAUAGGGUGGGAGCCCCGCGGAAUUCCCAAGGAACCCCAAAAACCCAAUCGCGUGUGCUUAACGAAUGCAGCCUUUUCAUUUGUUCCGUUGCCUUGGAAAUUUUUAGAACGACUCUUCGACUUUUACACACGAUCCAAGUACUUAUAACCAACUUAUUUGUAACUGAGACUGAUUUACGACAAGCAAACAAAACAAAAUGAAACCCAAGAAUCUUACAAGCUGCAUAGAAAACUUAAAACAAUUAUAGCUCCCCUUGAAGCGUUAGAAAAUCAAAUCAAAUUCAACUAAAAGACAUUUUAAUCAAACAUUACAAAACAUAACAAAUCAAAUAAAAUACCUUAAAUAAUCGAGAUGAUGGCAAAAGCCCGUAGGUCGGUGUAGUUUGAGUUGCCUUUGAGCGGUACUUAUAUAUGAUAAUGUUAUAGAUCAAUUCAACAUUUAAAUAUAUAUGGGGUAUAUUGAGCGGAAACGUUAAACGAGUUGAACAAAUUUUAAUGCACUGUUUAAUCAUCGAAUAAUGGAAUACAAGAAUACAAAUGUUUAAUUGUUAUUUAGCUAAUAAAACACAAAUCGAGACACAAUACUUAAGAUUAAAGUUAUUAAAUGAAUAUAUAUGAUUAAUUCAAGUUGCCACGAACUCUGCGCCAUUACGUUUAGUAUUUCGUCAGUAUUGGUAGCGCAGGCUGUUCGAUCCUAUCCAACUGAGUUCCAACCCAAGUGUCAAAAGCAGGCAUGCCCGAAUGGGAAUAUCCAGAGUCAAACCUCUAAACUAGUUUUGUGCAUCUAUGCUCCAAUUUUAGUAAUCUCAGAUGAUGAAACGACAAAUCAGCCAAAUGCUUUAUAACAAUUAUCCUAAUAAAAAUUGGAAAAGGUUUUGAAUAGUUCUCACAAUACAUUAAAAGAAUCUUGAAAGGGGUUCACCUAAUCCCGAUCGCAAGUAUUCUCCUACCAGAACACGGCAUUGUCGCAGUGUAAUGAAAGCAUUUACUCCAUGCUUUUAAGCGGUUUUCUAACCAUAUAUAUUUUAUAUAGGUCUUGAGCUAUAUAAGUUUUUAAUUUUACGGCAAAACGUUUUUAGACGCAAGUUACCAAUUAAACUUUAACUUACGAUUCUGAAGUGAACAAUUGUUGUCUUAGCCAUUAGUUCAGCUUAGUACAUAAAUGUGCCAAAUCGGAGAUCCCAAGAUGGAAAUCCCUAUACCAAUAGUAUUUUAUAAAUGUAAUUGUAAUGGGAGCAGAACAUGGAAUUAAUUGAGACCCUGUUAAGUUUUAAAUCCGAUUGGAAACCUAUACACUUAUAUUUAUCGGAAUAGAUUUAUGUAUGUUUGGUCUUUAAGUUUACAAAAGAUAGAAAAAGAUAUUUACGUGUUAUUAGAGAAAAUGAGUGGAGAAAGAUUGGUAUCAGGCAAUGUAAAGGUCGAACAAUAAUUUUAAUAGUUUAAUCCAGAUCAAAAGUAUUCGAAUCAAAAUAUCUAUUUGUGUUUAGAUUUACGGUAAAAUUUAAUAAGAUCGAAAAUUGGUUGUUCUGAUAAAGCUUGUAUUUAAGUUAAUUAAACAAUCAUUAAAUAUCCUAUAAUAUCUAAUCAAAUGAUCUUUAGUUAGGAAAAAUGGUAUUCUUUUAACACCUUAACGAGUUUUUAAAACAAAUUUUAAUUUUUCAAUAGGGCUCGCGUUUUUUUUAUUGAAAAAUAUAUUUCUCAAGGUAUACUUGUACUUGCCCAAAUAAUACAAAACCCACAACAGUAUUAGCUGAAUUUUAAGAUAUUAGAAAAAAAAACAAAACAAAAGUUUGCAACACGAAAUUAAAACUCAAUAAAGUUUUAUUUGGAAAAAAUCUUUUUCUCACACAAAGUCAAAGCAAAAAUCACUCAAACGAACAGAAACACUGAUGGGAGUCUUAUAAUAUAAAAGCCAAUGAAAUGUACACGAGCAAUCGAUUAACAAGCAUUAAAUUAUUAUUAUAUAGAAACGAAACUAAAUAAAUAAAACUUCAUUAAUCAAAUACAA